AUGAUUGAAGCAAAUCGUCUUUCAUAUAUUCGAUUUAAUCAGAAAACCAUAAGAGCAGAUUAUUUAAAUGGGUUGCAGAGGCAAUUGAGAAGGGAGAGACAGACCGUCAUCUGUAGGAAAGCGAUUAUAUUGCCUCCUUCCUUUACAGGAGGUCGUCGUUACAUGUUUAAUAAUUGUCAGGAUGCCAUGUCAAUUUGCAAAAAGUUUGGGUACCCUGAUCUUUUUAUUACAGCAACAUGUAAUUCACAAUGGGGGGAAAUUCAAAGGGUUUUCAAGAUGAAGCUCGAUAAUCUGAUGUCUGAUUUAAGGAAAGGCACUAUAUUUGGUCCUGUUGAUGCAGGUAUGUAUACAGUAGAGUUUCAAAAACGUGGAUUGCCACACGCGCAUAUUCUUCUAUGGUUGAAACCCCAGUACAAAUUGAUAACCGGAGAGGACAUUGAUAAAUUCAUUUCAGCUGAGCUUCCUGACCCGCAGAUUUAUCCAAAGCUUUACAAGGCCGUUUCCUCUUUCAUGAUCCACGGUCCGUGUGGGGUUAUUGAUCCUAAUAACUGCACUACCAUUGAUGAUGAUGGUUUCCCAAUUUUAAGAGAAGGAAGACAGAAUUACAUGGCCAAGAAAGGAGUUCCUUUGGAUAAUGGCAGUGAUAGGGUGAAUGUUCAAAUUUCAAAUGCUGGAAAUGGAGAAUCGAACCAGGAUGAAAUUAAACAGUACUACGAUUGCAGGUAUCUAACUCCAUGUGAGGCAGCAUGGAGGACAUUUAAAUUUGAUAUCCACGAGAGAUGGCCGCCCGUGAAGCGCUUAUCAUUUCAUCUUCCCGGUCAGCAGUGUGUAACUUUCAACGAUGAUGAAGACUUGGAAGGCGUUGUUGAAAAAUGUUCAACUAAAGAUACUCAAUUCUUAGCAUGGAUGAAUGCGAAUAAGCUAUACCCGGAGGGAAGAAGUUUAACGUAUGCUGAAUAUCCGUCUAUGUUUGUUUAUAAGAAAGAUAAGCAAGUAUGGGAGCCAAGAAAGAGAGGUUUCUCCCUUGGUCGUCUUCAAUAUAUCGCUCUAGGCAUGGGCGAGGUAUAUUACAUGAGGAUUCUAUUAACAAAACAGAGGGGUUGUGACAGUUUUGCAAGUUUAAGAACUGUCAAAGGGGUUGUUUAUCCAACAUUCCAAGAUGCGUGCGAUGCUAUGGGAUUAAUGGAAGAUGAGAGGGAGUAUGUUGAUGGGAUUAUUCACAUGAGUGAGAUUGGUUCAGGGUCUUAUUUGAGGCAUUUGUUUGUAACGUUGCUCUCUACAAACGCUAUAGGAAAGCCAAGAGAAGUGUGGGAUAAGACAUGGAGAUUUUUAGCUGACGGCAUUUUGUACCACAGAAGAAGGUUGCUUAAAAUGCCAGAUCUUCAAAUAAAUGAUGAGGAUUUGAUGAACUUAUGUUUGAUUGAGAUAGAGAAGGUGUUGAGAACUAAUGGAAGGUCACUUAAAGAAUGGCCUAGCUUACCUUAUCCAUCAUUUUGUGAGACCUUUCGUUUUGAAAAUCAAUUUGUUGCAGAUGAGCUUAAUUACAACAAGGAUGAAAUGAACGUACAGCAUCAACAAUUGGUCUGUUCCCUAACUUCUGAACAGAAAGGAGCGUAUACCCAGGUAAUAAAUUACGAUUAA